UGGCAACCAGGAGCCAGGGAAGAGGCCAGCAGCUGCAGGGAGACCGCAGCCAGCGGGGAAGGCUUCUGGUCCCUCAGUCACAGGGCUCGGCAGGCAGCUCUGGACGGAUCAAUGCAAGCCAAACGAUGACCAGUUGUGGCCAGCAGUCCUUGAACGUGCUCGCCGUCCUCUUCUCGUUGCUGUUUUCUGCAGUCUUGUCUGCACAUUUCCGGGUCUGUGAACCGUAUACAGACCACAAAGGCCGCUACCACUUCGGCUUCCACUGCCCCCGGCUCUCGGACAACAAGACCUUCAUCCUCUGUUGUCACCAUAACAACACGGUCUUCAAAUACUGCUGCAACGAGACGGAGUUCCAGGCGGUGAUGCAGGCAAACCUCACGGCCAGCUCCGAGGGUUACAUGCACAAAAGCGCACACCCACCAAACACAUGCCUGCAGCAGGGAGCAGACGGAGGCGGCACCGGAGUGAUUAAUGGAUCGCCUCCCCCAGGCCCACUGCCGCAAGCCCCCCAGGCCGUGCACACGCUGCGGGGAGAUGCUCACAGCCCACCGCUGAUGACCUUCCAGAGUUCGUCUGCCUGGAUGCAGAGAGCUUGCCAAGCCUGCAGGGACUGCACGGAGCCUGAGUGGGCGGCUGAGCUCCAAGUCCAGCUCUUUCUCCUGCGAAUGACUCCAGCUUCUCCAGCUCCUCAGGAGCGGCAGGAGGAAGACAGCUGCAGACACACCCUCAUCCCCUGA